AUGUUUCAGCAGUCGGAGCAUCCGGAAAAAAUCCUUGUGACUGUUCGGUGGGACUCGGUGCCUGCCCACUGGGACUGGAUCGGCAGCGACGAGAACAAACAGAUCAUGGCGGGCCUGAGCGACCAUAUCGCUAAGGACAAAGUGGUUCUGUUCCACUUGGACGCAGAGAUCUUCUCCAGACCGGCACCCCAGGACGCGAUCCCUCUUCUCGACAGCCCCUUGAUUAGCCUUACGCGCCUGUUCGUGGACUCCGACAAGAAGGAUGCCUUUUCGAAGAAAUUCAACGAGGUGAGGGGCAUCUUGGAGGACUUCGCAAAACCUCACCUGGCCCGCGGCGGCUGGAGGGUAGACAAGGAGGCCGAGACGAAAGAGGAGUUCGUCCUGGUAUGUGGUUGGGAGAGCUUGGAAAGGCACUUCGAGUUCGCCAAGGAUCCGAGGUUCAAUGAAUACAAGGAGAUCCCAGAGCUCGUGACGGAAACAGACAUCAAGCACUUCAAGAGGUUCUUGUAG